GAUGUCACUAUAUGUGUGACAAUCAAUGAUCUCAUUGUUGUUGUGGUGAAUGACUGGCAAUCAGUUUGAGUGAUGUCUUAAUGUAAUACAUAUAUUGUGUCAGUUGUGGACAUCACUGCAAUCAUGACAUCCACUCCAAGAAGUUUCACUCAAGAGUCACUCAAUGAGUCUUGGGUUGAAGUGAACAGUUGUCAACAGUUGACAUCACCGGUUCAUUUGAUAGGAAGGACAACGGGUUUAAAUACAUUUCAGAGUUUGGAAAGACUCUUAUGGGAGGCACAGAAAGAGAGCAAUGAGUCUUCACUCACUGGAAGCGCUCGCAAUUCGCAUAGCAUUAGCCCAAAGAGUGCUCACAGCCCUGUCUUUGCCAUCGAGUCGUUGUCACCAAACGAUUCCAUUCUUCAAAAAGUUGAAAAUUUUGGGAGAAGUCGUCAAUUGAGUACAGAUUGGAUUUGGGAUUGGAGUACAAGAGAUCAAUUGCCUAAGGAAUGGGGUUUCAAUGAAAUACAACCGCUGAGGAAAAGUCGGAUGAGUUUACGUCAAUGGGCUAUAAGAAGAGGCAUUUUCUCCAAAGAAGUUCUGUCUAUACUCUUAUUGACAAAUAUUUUGUCUUUAAUUCUUGGCGCUGGCAUUGGUUAUACGAUUCUGGUUCGUCGUACCAUUUAAUGACAAUUCAAUCAAUUAUUUAUAUAUAAAGUUAAUAUAUAAAGUAGUUAUUCAAUGAUUAGCCAUACAAUAUUUAAUAACUAUUUAGUGUAUUAAUACAAUACUAUGAUUUGAAUUUUCCAUAAUAUUACCGUACAAUAGAAGAUAUUUGA